GGUGUUGGAAGCUGCGGAGGAGCGAGUCUAGGGAGCUGGUGCGGUUUGAGAUCGACUGGUUCAAGGUUGCGGAUUGGUGGUGGGGUGAGCGUCUGGGUUUCUGCCCAUCCUUCCCGUUGAUAUCCAGUAUGGACCUGGCGUUGGACUUGGAUGACCAGGACCUGCUGGACUUCCUGCUAGAGGAAAGCGGAGAUUUGGGGGCCGAGCAGCCCCUUUCCGAGACGCUGAGUGAAUGGGAGGCAGAGGAUUUCCUGAGUUCCCUGCUGAGUCCUCCAGCAUCGUUGAACGUCCUUAGCUCCUCUGAUUCCUGUCUUGUUCACCAUGAUCAUACCUACUCUAUCUCACAGCAUGUCUCCAUAGAUCUAGAUGGUGGGAACUAUGGAAAAGAGGGGGCCCAGGCGACUCCACUGCGUGUGGAGGAGCCAGCAGAGCAGGAAAUUGCUAGGCUGAUACUGACAGAUGAGGAGAAGAGGCUGUUGGAGAAGGAGGGGCUUACUCUGCAUGGGACACUUCCUCUUACUAAGAUGGAGGAGCAAGUUCUGACACGAGUGCGGAGGAAAAUUAGAAACAAAAAGUCUGCUCAGGAGAGCCGCAGGAAGAAGAAGGUGUAUCUGGGAGGUUUAGAGAGCAGGGUCUUGAAAUACACAGCCCAGAAUCUGGAGCUACAGAACAAAGUACAGCUCCUGGAGGAACAGAAUUUGUCCCUUCUGGACCAGCUGAGGAGACUCCAGGCCAUGGUGAUUCAGGUGUCAGACAAAACGAGCAGCACCAGCACCUGCGUCUUGGUCCUACUUUUCUCCUUCUGUCUGCUCAUCGUACCUGCUAUGUACUCCUCUGACACAAGGGGGAGCCUGCCAGCUGAGCAUGGAGUGUUGUCCCGCCAGCUUCGUGCCCUCCCCAGUGAGGACCCUCACCAGCUGGAGCUGCCUGCCCUGCAGUCAGAGGUACCAAAGGACAGUUCAGACCAAGAGAUCCAGGCUCCUGGCAACUCUUGCUGCCUGCUCUACCACAUGCCUCAGGCUCCUGGUGCUGAGCCUCCCCUGAAGUUGCCACUUCCUGUCCCUUCCUCAAAGUCCCCCUGCCCAGGUCCCGCCCUUCCCCUGCAUGCAAAUUUCACAAGAGAUGGGGAAUGGUUCCCUACUCACAGCCCCACAUCUGUUAUCCUACAGGGCAGAUUUUCAGGCUAGAUUUGGGGGGGGGGGGUGCUAUGCCAGAGCCUGCGGUUCCUAGUCUGUGUCCAAAUGAAAGGAAUGGGAGAGGGCUAGUGUGAGCUCAUGCGUCCUGUGUCAGGAAGCCUGAGAGUUCAAACACACCACACUUAACUGGCUUUCUGGGUCUUUUAUUUGUACCCACGUAAAUCUACCACCCCUUGAGUGGGCCUGGGGGAAUCAACCGACCUCGUUAAACAUUUCAUGCAGUGAGGGGAUUGGGUGAGGAGAGAAAUAAAUAAGUGAUUCUGAUGCUUGGAUCACCUUCAACCCCU